AUGAAAGUGCACGGUGUUAACGUCUUCCUCAUUCCUUCUGAAGAUGCACAUCAAAGUGAAUACAUUGCCGAUUGCGACAAACGUCGCGCCUGGAUCUCAGGCUUUACCGGUUCUGCUGGUUUCGCUAUUGUAACAGAAACUGCAGCUGCUCUUUUCACGGAUGGUCGUUAUUUCUUGCAGGCGUCUCAGCAACUCGAUGACAAAUACUGGACUUUAAUGAAGCAAGGAUUACCGGGUGUUCCUACUUGGCAAGAAUACUUGGUGCAGAAUUUGGAAGCAGGUAGUAAGAUUGGUUUUGAUCCUACAUUAAUAAGUGCUGUGGAUGCACAUCAGUUGGAAAAGCAAUUGGCACCUUUAGGCUCCACGUUGGUCCCCUUGGAAAAGAAUUUGGUGGAUUUAGCGUGGGGUGAGGAUAGACCUACACCACCCAAGGACAAAGUUUUUGUACAACCCACUAAAUACACAGGAAAAUCUGUGCAGGAUAAAUUAAAGGAAGUUCACGAUUAUAUCGAGAAGGAGAACGCUUAUGGUCUUAUUAUAUCUGCACUGGAUGAAAUUGCUUGGUUGUUUAACCUUAGAGGUUCAGAUAUUGACUGUAAUCCAGUUUUCUUUUCCUAUGCUGUCAUUACUGAGGCUGAGGCUUAUCUUUAUAUCGACCUUGACAAGAUCACAGAUGAUAGCGUCCAGUCUCAUUUGAAAGAAUCCAACGUGAUUGCCAAACCAUACGACACGUUCUUUGAAUGUUUGAGAGGAUUCAGAUUUGAAGAAGGCAAAAAACUGCUCGUCAACAACAAAACCAGUUUGGCUGUUGAAAUAGCAGUAGGAGGUGAAGCCAACGUCAAAGAGGAACCACGCAGCUUCGUCAAUGAUUGCAAAGCCAUCAAGACAGCUGAGGAAUUGCAAGGGAUGCGUGAUUGUCAUUUACGCGAUGGUGCUGCUCUUGUACAAUACAUUGCUUGGCUCGAGAACAAAUUGCUUGUUGAAAAAGCUCAGUUGGAUGAAGUAGACGGUGCUGACCGCUUAGAACAGUUCCGUGCCGCUCAAGAGCACUAUGUUGGCCUUUCUUUCCCUACCAUCUCUUCUACGGGUCCUAACGGUGCUAUCAUUCAUUACCAGCCUGAAAAAGGAAGCUGCAAGACGAUUGAUCCAGCUCAUAUUUACUUGGUGGAUUCGGGUGCACAAUACCUCGAUGGCACCACCGAUGUCACACGUACAUAUCAUUUCACAACACCUACUGCUUAUGAAAAGCGAUGCUUUACUCGUGUUUUGCAAGGUCAUAUUGCCAUUGAUCAAGCUGUCUUUCCAAAAGGCACGACGGGUUAUUUAUUAGACCCUCUGGCCCGCCAAUUCCUUUGGCAAGACGGUCUUAACUUUUUGCACGGUACAGGACAUGGUGUAGGGGCAUUUUUGAAUGUCCAUGAAGGCCCUCACGGUAUUGGUAUCCGUCCCCAUUACAACGACACGCCUCUUGCUGUGGGUAUGACUGUCACCGAUGAACCUGGUUAUUAUGAAGAUGGUAAAUUUGGUAUUCGUAUCGAAAAUGUGAUCUUGGUCAAAGAUGCAGAAACACCCAAUAAUUUUGGUGGACGUGGCUAUCUUGGUUUUGAACAUGUUACUAUGGCACCCAUUGGUUUGAAUCUCAUUGACAAAGAUUUGUUAUCGCCCUCUGAAAAGAAAUGGGUGAACGAUUAUCAUAAAGAAUGUUUGGAGAAGUUAAGUCCAUUGCUUAGCCAUGAUGAAUUAGCAAUGAAUUGGCUCAAGAAAGAAACCACACCCAUCUAA